CGUAUACAUUUAUAAAAAAACUUCAGUAUUUACGAAAUUUAUAAACUAAGUCUGUUUAUGAGAAGCGUGUAAAAUAUCAAAACAGUUAAUUGCUAAAAGCGAUCUACAUUGCUGCUCGAUUUUUGCUUUAAUUGACCUUAUUAGUACACGAUGGACAGCAUUACGGAACUGGUGCACAUGGGCAAAGAGAAGAUGGGGACGUGGAAGAAGUUGGGAGUGGUCGGCGUUCCCGUCAGUAAGGGACAGCGGCGGGACGGCACCGACAAGGGCCCCAAGUUUCUCAGGGACGGCGGCUUACUGGAGCGGCUCAAGAAGAUCGGCUGCGAAGUGAAGGACUACGGUGACGUAGACUUUGGCUACAUCGACAAUGACAUGCCGCACGAACACGUGAAGAACCCUCGAAACAUCGCACGUGGAUCCCUCAAGACUGCGGACCAGGUUGAGCGCUGUUUGCGGACAGAGGGCCACUGCUUGGCCAUAGGCGGAGACCACAGCAUGGCCAUAGGAACCAUUAUUGGGCAUGCGCGCGUCCACCCGGAUAUGGCCGUCCUUUGGAUUGAUGCGCACGCAGACAUCAACACGCCUCUGACGUCAGAUAGCGGUAACAUACACGGGAUGCCCCUCUCGUUUGUCGCCCAUGAGUUGGAUCCUUACGUCCCUCAUAUGCCCGGCUGGGACGAAGUUCAACCAUGUAUCGGCCUGGACCAGAUUGCAUGGAUCGGCCUGCGCGACGUGGAUCCUCUCGAGCGAAAGAUCAUCGACAAGUUCGACAUGAACGCUUUCAGCAUGCAUGACAUAGAUCUGCACGGCAUCAAGAACAUCCUAGACAUGGCGCUGAAAGCCGUCGACCCAGAAGGUGUUAGGCCAAUUCACGUGAGUUUUGAUGUUGACGCCCUGGACCCCGUACACACGCCCAGUACCGGAACUCCCGUCAGUGGCGGCCUGUCGGUCCGGGAGAUGUGCUAUAUAGCGGAAGAGCUCGCUCUUACAGGACGGCUCGCUAUGAUCGACGUCGCGGAGGUAAAUCCCGCCUUGGGUGACUCAAAAGACGUCGACGUUACAGUACGCACCACGAUCGACGUCAUCGCUCGUUUCUAUGGGCAACGGCGUCAAGGAAUCGCUCCAACCGGCACCGACAUCCCACAGGCGACCAUUCGCCGCAACUCUUUAAUUAACGCGCUUUAAUUCACGCGAGAAAUCAAUUGACAAUGGUUCUCAUUGUUUGGUGACCGUACUUCUCCUUAUUUGGAGAUUUUCAGCCAUCAAAGUAUGCCGUUACUGUACGUGGCAACAAAAUACUAGUACUUUAAAUUUAGUUCGUUGUUUGUUGUUGUUGUACUCUGUUAUUUGAUUGUUAAACAUGCUCACGCUUUAUUUUAAAACUUUUCGUAUUUAAGGUAUUGACAAAAAAAAACGCACUUGCAUUAUUCUUUUUAUGAUAUGUAUAUGUAUGUUUAAUUGUUAUUAAAUCAAUGUUGUUUUAAAA